GUGGCCCAGGGCAGCCAAUGAGAGGCCAUGGGGCAGCCUCAAUGGCGGUGUACAGUGUGGGUGGCUAUGCUCUGCCACCUGCUGCCCGCCUCCUCUGAGAGCCUAAAGGUGAGGACGGACGGACGGGGACCUUCCUCUGCUGCUCUUGGCGAGACCCAAGAAGAGGCCGUCAGAAAGGACAGGAAGAGGGAGAUCCAAGGCUGGAAGGAUGUCUCUCCACAAUUCGCCUGCAGUCUGGCUGAAAGGGCAGCGAUGGUGGCGGCGGCAGCCAGAGCCUUGGAGGAGCCAAGUGGACGACAGCCUCACCAACCUCCAGUGGCUGCAAGAGUUCUCCAUCCUCACUGCCAACCCAGAGAAGCCCAUCGCUGUCUCUGGGGAGAGGGUCCCCCAAAGGCUCCUGCAACACGCCUCUGAGGCCCCAUCCAGCCCACCUGAGGGGGACGUGGCCUGCAUGGGGAUGCCCCCCAGGAUGGGCAAGCCCGUCUCCUCCAGCACCAGCUCCCUGCCGCCUCUCUUGUCCACCCAGUCCCCCAUCGACUACAGGACCAACAGCCAGGUGAAGCCACCCUACUCCUACGCCACCCUCAUUUGCAUGGCCAUGCGGGCCAACAAGGAGGCCAAGCUCACCCUCUCUGCCAUUUACGCUUGGAUCACAGAGAACUUCUGCUACUAUCGCCAUGCAGACCCCAGCUGGCAGAACUCCAUCCGCCACAACCUCUCCCUCAACAAGUGCUUCCAGAAGGUGCCUCGGAGGAAGGAUGAACCGGGCAAAGGGGGCUUCUGGCAGAUCAAUCCCCUUUACGCAGACCUCUUUGUUGAUGGGGUCUUCCAGCGCAGGCGGAUGCCAGCCCUUCCUUUGCCUUGCGCUCACUCCACGCAGCCUGUGCCCGGACGAGGGUCCCUCCAGCCGGAUACAAUGCCCAGGCUGCCCAGGAUCCAACGCCGCCUGGGGAGGUCUAAGCAGCCCUCGGCCAGUGCUUGGACUGGGCCCCUUUUGCCCGUGGCCCCUCUGGAAAGAGAGACAGCCUCUGCUCUGGCCGGAGACCUCAGCUGGGCCUCAGUGCUGGGUGGCACCUUCACUGGCGCAGAGAGCAACUUUGAGGACUUGGAGCUGACCGCUGCCCUGGACUCCUUGGCCGCAGGGGAGGACGGAGGCCUUAACCACAGCCAGACAGCCCUGAGUGAAAAUGGGGGCUCCUGUCCUGCUCCAGGUCUGGUCAAGGAGUUGACUCUGUGCUCUGAGACGUGGGGGGAAGAAGAGGGGGAGGGGGAGGAGGAGGAGAGGGCAGCAGAGCCGGGGCCCGGGUGGGCUUUUGAGGUGGGCACCUGCUUUUCUGAGGUCUUCCUGGCUGGGAUACAGCCGUGGGAGAGCUGA